UGCGUCAAUUCACAUAAUAUCGUAUGAAUAAAGACUUUCAUAAAUUUUGGUUAUAAAUUCACGCAACACAUAAUAUUACAAAUACUAUAGAUAAAAUUAACGUAAAAGUAUAAUAUUAGUAUAAAACUCACAACAAGUAUCUUUCUGAAACUGUGUAAUAAUUAAAUUUUUAUUGUUAUUAUGAAUAAAAAGCGUAAGAAACUUCGUCAUGUGCGCGUUGUAUCAAAAGUCGAUAACACACCUCCACAUUUCAAGGCAUCUGUUUAUUUGAAAGCUCAUAAUUUGAAACAUGAUGCUCUACGAGUUAAAGAAAUAGAUAAAGAGAAUAUAAAACUACUAAAGAAGAUAAACAUAAUUCAUCGAUUAGGGGGAUCUGUGGAUUGCUGGGCACCGGAUGUCAAAUAUAAAUCGAAAUUUGGGGAUCAAGAAUGUAGAAACCAUAUAAUUAUGCAAAAAAAUAAAAUUCUAUUGAAGAAAAUCUGUCAAGCAGAAAGUCAAUAUCCCACCCGCAUGUUUUUAAAGAACUGGAAGAGACUGCAUGAAGCAGUAGAGCAUCGUGCAAAAUACAUUUCAGUGAUUAAAAAACUGUCCGUCAUAUCAGAUGUACAAAAGCAAUUAUCUGAGAAAAGUCAAACGAAAUGUUUCUUCGACAUUGGACUUAAAGAAGAAAAUCAAGACUUAGGGCGUAUAGUGUUCGAACUGUAUGACAGUAUCGUACCACGUACAUGCGAGAACUUUGCAGCUUUCUGCCGCGGAGUAAACGGAUUGUCAUAUAAAUACACUCCAUUCCAUCGUAUUGUUUCUGGGUACUGGUGUCAAGGAGGAGAUGUCACGAAGUUUAACGGUACCGGCGGUACCUCCAUAUAUGGUGACUCAUUCGAAAAGGAAGACUCUAAUCUACGUCAUACAGGACCCGGCAUCCUAUCUACUUGCAACAAUGAUGACGGCAAAACUGAUUGCAAAUUCAAUCUCACGUUUAAAUGCUUAAGAACUGUAGACGGGAAUAAGACCGUUUUUGGCCGAGUAAUAGAUGGAAUGAAGAACAUCUACAAGGUAAUUUAAACUUUACUUGAAUAACAUGUCUUGUGCAGUAAUGCAAUGCCAUCAGCCAGUACUGCUUAUUUAAUUAUGUACACCGACUUGUUGACAGGAAAGAAACGGUCUCUCUUAUUAUUUUUUCGAUAUACAAGUAAAACUUUAGUACCACAAAUAAAUAGUAUUCUGUACCAAGAAAAUUACAAUUAAAUAUUACGAUACGUA